ACCUGAAACACCAUUACUAUCCUGUCCGACUCUAAGCUAUACACACCACGCCAGCCCGACCGUGCGACGCUCUUUCUUUGUGCUUGCAGUCACACGCUGUCUUUGUCUUCGUCCGACCCAGACGGACCUGAGAUUCACAUCCCUCUCUACCCUUUUGACCCACAAUGGCAUCCUCACACAGCACAUUUCCCAUUCGCCAACAAACGUAUGGCCGCGCCUCCGCGCCUCCACCUACGGCCUAUGGCCCAACCAAUGCGCAAGUCCGCGAAACCGCUAGACUCGAACGCGAACGUAACGAACGCCUCGAGCGAGAGCGUGCCGCCCAACCGCACGCCGAAAUCUCUGAAGAGCAGCGCGAAGAAAUCAACGAGGCGUUCGCACUCUUCGAUCUCGACAAGGACGGUCAUAUUGACUAUCACGAACUCAAGGUCGCGAUGAAGGCGCUCGGAUUCGACCUGCCAAAAGCGGAGAUUCUAGGCAUUCUGCAGAGCCAUGGUGUGCCUGCUGGGGGGGUAGGGAAUGGGAAAGCCUCGGUGGGCGCGGCAGGAGGGGUGGCGACGGCGGGGAGGCUGUUGCUACCGCUGACGGCGUUUCAGACCGUUAUGGCAGGUCGGAUUGCGAGUAGGGACCCGAGAGAGGAGAUUAAUAGGGCAUUUGAUCUAUUUGACGCCGAUCAGAAAGGGUCAAUCUCGUUGACUGACCUAAGAAGGGUCGCGAGGGAACUUGGGGAGGGCCUACAAGAGGAGGAGCUGGCGGCGAUGAUUGAGGAGUUUGAUAUGGAUGGAGAUGGUGCUAUUAGUAGAGAGGAGUUCUUGGGUAUUUGCCUUGGUUGAGCAAGCUAUUGGAGAACAGACAGACAUUCAUACAAGCGAGGAGUUGGGAGUCUUGUACUUGGGUUGUACUUUUGAGGACUGUACUUGCAGGCGCGCAAUCCGUUGGAUUGUGUGAUCUGGCUUUUCGGGUAUCGAGCCGAACUUGAUGAAUAUUUUUAUCUAGCUGCUCCUAAACUGUACAAAGUGAUGUAGCGUAGUCUACAAAGGGAACGCAAAAAAUCGAACUGUACAACUAUU